GGCCGUGUGGGAGGCCGGAAGUUGCGGCUUCAUUACUCGCCAUUUCAAAAUGCUGCCGAGGCCCUCGGAUCUGUGACUGCUACCCCUCCCCCCACCCGGGCUCGGCGGGGGAGCGACUCAUGGAGCUGCCGUAAGUUUUACCAACAGACUGCAGUUUCUUCCCUGCCAAAAUGACAUCAUUUUCCACCUCUGCCCAGUGUUCAACAUCUGACAGUGCUUGCAGGAUCUCUCCUGGACAAAUCAAUCAGGUACGACCAAAACUGCCACUUUUGAAGAUUUUGCAUGCAGCAGGUGCGCAAGGUGAAAUGUUCACUGUUAAAGAGGUCAUGCACUAUUUAGGUCAGUACAUAAUGGUGAAGCAGCUUUAUGAUCAGCAGGAGCAGCAUAUGGUAUAUUGUGGUGGAGAUCUUUUGGGAGAACUUCUGGGACGUCAGAGCUUCUCCGUGAAAGACCCAAGCCCUCUCUAUGAUAUGCUAAGAAAGAAUCUUGUCACUUUAGCCACUGCUACUACAGAUGCUGCUCAGACUCUCGCUCUCGCACAGGAUCACAGUAUGGAUAUUCCAAGUCAAGACCAACUGAAGCAAAGUACAGAGGAAAGUUCCACUUCCAGGAAAAGAACUACAGAAGACGAUAUCCCCACACUGCCUACCUCAGAGCAUAAAUGCAGAAAUUCUAGAGAAGGCCUGAUAUAUUGGGAAGACGUAGAAGAGAAUGAGAAAGUAAGAAAGGAGCAGCAGAGCACAACAAAAGACUGGAGUCUGGGAAAGAAAAGAAUAUCUUGUGAUAACAACAGACUUACUAGCAGCCCUCAGUGUCAUUCAGAUGUACAACAUGGAGACUUAAUUGAAAAUUUAACCCAAGAUGAGACAUCUAGGCUGGACCUUGGAUUUGAGGAGUGGGAUGUAGCUGGCCUGCCUUGGUGGUUUUUAGGAAACUUGAGAAGCAACUAUACACCUAGAAGUAAUGGCUCAACCGAUUUACAAACAAAUCAGGAUGUGGGUACUGCCAUUGUUUCAGAUACUACAGAUGACUUGUGGUUUUUGAAUGAGUCAGUAUCAGAGCAGUUAGGUGUUGGAAUAAAAGUUGAAGCUGCUGAUACUGAACAAACAAGUGAAGAAGUAGGGAAAGUAAGCGACAAAAAGGUGAUUGAAAUGGGAAAAAAUGAUGACCUUGAGGACUCUAAGUCCUUAAGUGAUGAUACUGAUGUAGAAGUUACCUCUGAGGACGAGUGGCAGUGUACUGAAUGCAAGAAAUUUAACUCUCCAAGCAAGAGGUACUGUUUUCGUUGUUGGGCCUUGAGGAAGGAUUGGUAUUCAGAUUGUUCAAAGUUAACCCAUUCUCUCUCCACAUCUGAUAUCACUGCCAUACCUGAAAAGGAAAAUGAAGGAAAUGAUGUCCCUGAUUGUCGAAGAACCAUUUCGGCUCCUGUCGUUAGGCCUAAAGAUGUGUGUAUAAAGAAAGAAAACUCCAAACUUUUUGAUCCUUGCAACUCGGUGGAAUUCUUGGAUUUGGCUCACAGUUCUGAAAGCCAAGAGACCAUCUCAAGCACGGGAGAACAGUUAGAUAACCUUUCUGAACAGAGAACAGAUACAGAAAACAUGGAGGAUUGCCAGAACCUCUUGAAGCCGUGUAGCUUAUGUGAGAAAAGACCACGAGACGGGAACAUUAUUCAUGGGAGGACGGGCCAUCUUGUCACUUGUUUUCACUGUGCCAGAAGACUAAAGAAGGCUGGGGCUUCAUGCCCUAUUUGCAAGAAAGAGAUUCAGCUGGUUAUUAAGGUUUUUAUAGCAUAAUGGUAGUAGAACAUAAAAAUGCGUUUCUUCAAUUCACUUACACAUUGUUUGAAAAUCAGUCCUUUAUUUAAUUUUAUUUCCUCCCUGUCAGAAUGUUCUUAGGCAUCAAAAUCCGAGGUAGCUGUAGGAAAAAUACUGGAGAUAACAAUGAAGAACAGAAGUAAUCUGAUUAGUCAAAUUAUGAAGUGCCGUGGAUUACUUUAUGCAGCAGUCAGGUACAUAGGUAGGUGAACCCAAAAGAAAAACUCUUGAAAAACAAGAGAUUUCUUCCAUGCAUAUUUACAGUGUUGAGGUAUAAUUAACAUGAUAAGGUGUUUCCUUGUAACGAGUUGUAGAAAUCUGAGUAACCACCCAAAAAAAGCAAUAGAAUGUUUCUGUCACCCCAAAAUACUCCCUUCUGCCCCUUUUCAGACAGUCUUUCAGCUAUUUCAAGGCUCUCACCCUAGAUUAGUUUUUUUUUGCACUUUUUUUUUCGAGGAUAUAGGGGAGGUGUGGGGUGACAGGGUCUGUCUUGUUCUGUCUCCCAGGCUGAAGUGCAGUGCAGUGGUAUGAUCAUGGCUCACUGCAGCCUUGGUCUCCUGGGAAUAAGUGGUCUUCCCACUUCAGCCUCCUGAAUAGCUGAGACUGUAGACUAGCAUAACCACACUGGCUAAUUUUUUGUGGAGAUGAAGUCCCACUGUGUUGCCCAGGCUGGUCUCGAACUCCUGGGCUCAAACAAUCCUUCCGCCUCAGCCUUCCAAAGUGCUGAGAUUAUAGUCAUGAGCCACCUAGUCUGGCCCUUUUGCAAGACUUUAAUCCGACAUCUAAAUUUUUGAAAUUUAAGUACUUACAAAGGAUAUACUAUCCAACAUACUGCAUAUUAUAUAUGUGCUUUAAAGAUUUUUUUUUUUUUUUUUGAGAGACAGGGUCUCACUUUGUCAUCCAAGCUGGAGUGCAGUGGUGCAAACAUGGCUCACCUCCUGGGCUCAAGUGAUCUCCAGCUUCAGCUUCCCUCACAGGCAUUUACUGUCUCACCCAGUUAAUUAAAAAAAUUUGUAGACAGCGUCUCAUUAUGUUGCCCAGGCUGGUCUCGAACUCCUGGGUUUAAGUGAUUCCCCUGCCUCAGCCUCCCAAAGUAUUGGGCUUAUAGCCAUAAGCCACUAUGCUUGGCUUAAAGAUAUUUUUAUGAAAGCCCUGGGGCAGAUUUAGCUGAUUAUAGAAAAAGUCCUGUCAUAUAAACUGGCAAAGCCUGUUCUCAGUUUAAUUAGCCAAAUCAGACUUAACUUCAGUCAGAACAUGUCUUGGUUUUCAUUCAGAUAAAUGCACAAACAUACUUGUCCAGCGCAGCCUUCAGAAGGAUCAGUUCCUUUUUUUUUUUUUUUUUUCCUUUUCUAGACAGGAUCUUGCUCUGUCGCCUAGGCUGGAGUGCACUGGCACAAUCACAGUUCACUGCAGCCUCGACCUCCCAGAUCCAAGCAGUCCUCCCACCUAAGCCUCCCAAGUAGCUGGGACUAUAGGCGCGUGCCACCAUGCCCAGCUGAUUUUUGUAUUUUUUGUACAGAUAGCAUUUUGCCAUGUUGCCCAGGCUGGUCCCAAACUCCUAGCCUCAAGCAACUCUCCUGCCUCAGCCUCUCCAAGUGCUAGGAGUAUAGUCCUGAGCUACUGCCCCCUACCCUCUUUGCCUCUUAGGAGUCAUUUAGAUUUUUUUUUUAUCCUUUUGUUUAGUGCCUCUGGAGCUGCUUGCACCAUCUUUAAGUUGGUUUCCAUAGAGCUAUGCAUGUAUCCUUACCCCAUGGGAAAAUGUUGGUGUAUUCUCAAGGGUAUGCAUGUGUCAUUUUGGAGACCAAGGCCCUAGAACUGUCAAACUUAAGGAUUGUAAAAAUCACGAGAGUUGCUUGUUAAAAAUGCCCAAACCCCCCGAGACUGAUCCCUGAGAUCUGGACCAGGAAUUUGCAUUUGAACAAGUGUUUCUGGAAUCUCUAUGCAAGUUUUAUACAGAACAUGCUUUUGGAAUUCUUGCCUUAGACAAGAGUGUCCAAUCUUUUGGCUUCCCUGGUCCACAUUGGAAGAAGAAGAAUUGUCUUGGACCACACAUAAAAUACACUAACACUAGCAAUAGCUGAUGAGCU